CGACGAAGUGCCAGAGGUGAAGAGUCCUGGUGCUAGACCUGUACCGGAGCCCGGACAUAGUCACCUAUUCCUUCUUCGCCAUUUAUUUGCCGUUGCCAUCCACAACCUUCCUCUAGUAUCAGCCUUCCACAGAGGCUUCGACCUUGGCCAAGAGUCCACUCUGUUUACCUUUUUCCGAACCAGCAAGGUCAUCAGGAGGACAGUACAGCGAACAUCUGCCAGCAUCGUCGCAAUGGCUGCUCUCGGCGAGGAGCUGCUCAGCAUCGUGAACAGGUUGCAAGACCUGGUCUUCAACACCAUCGGAAACGACUCCCUGGAUUUGCCUCAAAUUGUUGUCGUUGGAUCACAAUCCUCAGGGAAGUCCUCCGUGCUUGAGAAUAUUGUCGGCAGAGACUUUCUGCCUCGGGGAAGUGGAAUUGUAACGAGGCGGCCUCUCAUCCUCCAACUCAUAAACCUCCCUAGCGACCGUGACGACAAACCUGAGAACGACGAAGUGCAUGUUCCACAUACACCAGCGAGUGUAGCAGGGCAACAGGAAUGGGCGGAAUUUCAUCACAUCCCGGGGCGCCGCUUCUACGACUUUUCCGAGGUUAAGCGUGAAAUCGAGGCCGAGACUGCGAGAAUCGCAGGAAACAACAAGGGGAUCAACAGGCAGCCCAUAAACCUCAAGAUAUACUCCCCUCAUGUCCUUAGCCUGACAUUAGUCGAUUUGCCCGGCUUGACCAAGGUACCGAUUGGCGACCAGCCUACCGACAUCGAGAAACAAACUCGAAACCUUAUUUCAGAGUACAUCGCAAAGCCGAACAGUAUCAUCCUCGCCGUGUCCCCUGCGAACGUUGAUCUCGUCAAUUCGGAAGCUCUGAAGCUAGCCAGACAUGUGGACCCUAUGGGUAGGAGGACAAUCGGUGUCCUCACUAAACUAGACCUCAUGGACCACGGGACGAACGCCCUGGACAUACUAUCGGGGCGUGUGUACCCUCUCAAGCUUGGUUUCAUUGGCAUCGUGAACCGUUCUCAGCAAGACAUCCAGGGGAACAAGUCGUUGUCGGACGCCCUGUCCGCGGAACGGGAUUUCUUCAGACACCACCCAGCAUACAGGAAUAUGGCAAAUCGGUGUGGAACGCAAUUCUUGGCCAAAAGCCUCAACCAGACCCUGAUGGCGCACAUUCGAGAUCGGCUACCAGACAUUAAGGCGCGGUUGAACACUUUGAUGGGACAAACACAACAAGAGCUUGCAAGCUAUGGCGAUGUAGCGUUUACCGGAAAGGAGCAUCGCGGCUCUCUUAUACUGCAGCUCAUGACUCGAUUUGCUUCUUCAUUCAUCUCUUCGAUUGAUGGCACAUCCGCCGAGAUUUCGACGAAGGAACUUUGUGGAGGUGCUAGGAUAUACUAUAUCUUCAACUCAGUCUUUGGAAACUCUCUAGAACAAGUCGACCCCACCCAAAACCUCUCUGUUCUUGAUAUCCGGACUGCGAUUCGAAAUUCGACCGGUCCCCGCCCGAGCUUGUUUGUCCCAGAACUCGCGUUUGACCUUCUUGUGAAGCCUCAAAUCAAGCUUCUUGAGAUUCCAAGUCAGCGCUGCGUCGAAUUGGUGUAUGAGGAACUCAUCAAGAUCUGCCAUACAUGCGGGUCGACAGAGCUGAGCAGGUAUCCUCGUCUUCAAGGCAAGCUUAUUGAAGUCGUAUCCGAUCUCCUCCGAGAACAGCUUGGCCCAUGCUCUACGUACGUCGCAUCGUUGAUCGACAUUCAACGCGCAUACAUCAACACAAAUCAUCCAAACUUCCUUGGCGCCGCUGCCGCCAUGUCUUCCGUCAUUAAUGACAAACAGGAGAGAGAAAGGAAAGUUGCUAUUGACGCCGAGAGGAAGAAGCGCGAGAGGCGACGGAUGAGAGAGCUUAACGGUGUCAAUGGUACUGACACUCCCGUCAAUGAGGAUGAGGGUGAAGUGCCGCAAAUGGACAAGCCACUUCCCCUCCGUAAGCAUCACCAACAAGCAAGCCGCAGUAUGUCGCCUGCAGUAGGACGCAUGAUGAACGGACCUUACAGUAUGGCAGGUGCUCUCAAUGGUAACCGUAACAGAUCACCGCCCCCUCUUGGUGGUGCAGGAUCUACCCGUGAUAGCUUCCUGAAUUAUUUCUUUGGUAAAGAUGGGGCGCCGACCAGUGCUUCUCCAACAACACAAAGUGCUCUCGAAAACCGCCCCGGAAGCCGACACGUUAGUCAGAAUAUUGAGCCCAGCAUUGCGCAGAGUUUCCGAAGGGGUGAUACAAGGCAGCCUGCGCAUGUAUUGGAAAUGGUACCGGAUGAUUUCGAUAUGGCUAGCCCAACCAAAGAUUUUGAAGGCGGCUUCCCCACUGAUGUGGAGGCGCCCGCUCUAACGGAGCGUGAAGCUCUUGAAACAGAGCUAAUCCGCCGUCUCAUCUCGUCCUACUUCGAUAUUGUUCGCGAAACCAUCGCAGACCAAGUCCCGAAGGCAGUCAUGCACCUCCUUGUCAACCACUCUAAAGACGUAGUCCAGAACAGACUAGUCAGCUCCCUCUAUAAAGAAGCUCUUUUCCAGGAACUCCUCUACGAGGACGACACCAUCAAAGCCGAGCGCGAGAAGUGCGAGAAGUUGCUCAAGACUUACAAGGAGGCAGCUAAGAUUGUCGGCGAAGUGCUAUAGAGCCGUGUCCUUAAGGAUCUCGGUUGUAGGUUUAGAAGUUGUAAAGGUAUUAUUGUACAUAAGACAGCCUUUCCGCUUGGCCAUUUUAUGUUGCGGGCGUCAGCAGGCCUGCUUGGACGUUUCGUGAGCUUUUCUACUCUUUUGCCAUUCUUGGUGGUGGGUGUUUGCCGCUCAAUUUUUCAUCUACCGAGUCUAGAGGGAGGUAGAUGGUUGUUAGGG